AUGAACAAAUCUUCGUAUGAAAUACUAGAUGAUAAUUUAUUAUCGUCUCCAUCACAACAAACUAGCAGCAGCAAUAGCAGUGUAAGUAGCUGUUCAAAUGAAUCCCUUAAAACCCCAGAGAAGAAAAUAAAUCAAGCAGAUGAACAAAAAAUUACCGAAAUACCUCCAAACGAACCCGUUCCGACCAUUUCCGAAGAAGAAUGGAUAUCAGGAGGUUCUUUAGGAUCUCGUAACACUGUCCUUAUUUUUAAAAGUUCAGCUUUAGCUAGUGCAUCAGAAGCAUCGAUACAAGAAAAGCCUGCAUGUAAAUUACAUAUUACUUACAAAGUAUUACAAGCCGAAUCGAAAUUAUUAUCUAAAUUAUUGGAUUGUCAUGGUAUUACCGAAGUGGCUCCGAAUUCAUCAGAUUUUAACUUAUUAUGGACCGGAUCACAUCCUAAACCAGGUACAAUAAGGUCAUUAGCUCCACACCAAAGAGUAAACCAUUUUCCUCGAUCAUAUGAGUUAACCCGCAAAGAUCGACUGUAUAAGAAUAUAGAGCGUAUGCAGCAUGCCAAAGGACUGAAAAAUUUUGAUUUCAUCCCACAAACAUUCGUCAUGCCCAUCGAGUACCGUGAUCUGUGUUCAACACAUCAUCGAGUAAAAGGACCUUGGAUAGUUAAACCUGUAGCCUCAAGCAGGGGUAGAGGUAUUUUUAUCGUUGAAACUCCAAAUCAAGUGCCUCUAGAAGAACCAGUAGUAGUGGCCAAAUAUAUUUCCAAUCCUCUUUUAGUAGCUGGUCAUAAAUGCGACCUGAGAUUAUAUGUAGUGGUAACUAGUUUUGAUCCGUUGCUAAUUUAUAUUUAUGAAGAAGGUUUAGUGAGAUUUGCUACUGUUAAAUAUGAUGCUAGUCACAAGCAGCUAUGGAACCCAUGCAUGCAUCUAUGUAAUUAUAGUAUUAAUAAAUAUCAUAGUGAUUAUGUCAAAUCGGAUGAUCCUUCAGCCGAAAAUGUUGGUCAUAAAUGGACUCUAAGUGCUUUAUUAAGACAUUUGAAAUCUGAAGGUAAAGAUACGGCGCUAUUGAUGUCUCAAAUUGAGGAUAUGAUUAUUAAAGCAAUCUUGGCGUGUGCUAAUUCUGUGAUAUCAGCUUGUAAAAUGUUUAUUCCCUUUACCAACAAUUGCUUCGAACUGUAUGGCUUCGAUAUUUUGAUAGAUAAAACACUUAAACCGUGGUUGUUAGAAGUUAAUUUAUCACCUUCAUUAAAUUGCGACAGUCCAUUAGAUGUAAGGUUAAAAUCCGCCAUGUUGGCUGAUCUGUUAUCCCUAGUGGGAAUACCUGCCGUUGAUCCCAUGGUUAGAAUUAAUGAUGAUCAUCACAAAUCAAAUUCAAGUAUUAGAUCCAAUUUGACUCACUGUAGAAGAGUACAUUCUGCUGAUGGAUUGGGUAAUAGCAACUCCUCAUUAAAGAAAGGAGCACAUACUGUAGGAAGAGGACCAUCUCCAUACACAGCAGAAGAGUCUAAAAUCAUUCGUCUUGCUUCUGCAGAGUUUAAAAGAAGAGGUGGCUUCGUGAGAAUAUUUCCAUCUGCUGAUAGUUGGAUGAAGUAUUCACAGUAUUUAGAUAGGACUACUGGAAUACUCAAUCUGGAAAUCCUGGAACUAACUUUUGUUUAAGUAGUCAGCACAAUUUUAAUAUGUUGAUUUAUACGCAUUUCUAUCCGGACAUUCCAGUCGCAACAAACACAAGUGACAGGCUUCAAAGUCGUUCUAGACAAACAAUUGUCAAACGUGACCUGUCUGUUGAUAGUCAUAAAGCAACUUACAAGAACUUGAACACCAGACAAGACAGGUACGAGCGAAUGUUAAGUCAAGGACAUAAGUCAUCACUAGCCCCCUGUAAAACUGCUAGAGAAACGCAAUGCCUAGAUAUGAAAAAGAAAAUAAUUGAGAUGUUGCAGACUGGAAAACGCAUAACGCAAUGGCAGGCUAGAAAAACAUUUAGCCAUUAUUUGGGCUGCAUAUUACGAAGAAUUGUUAAAGGACCAGAUCAAGAUGACCACGUCGAGAUUGUCUUGAAAUUUAUGCAAAAAGCAUCAAAUUAUUUGAGAACUCCGUUCAACGUUAAGACGCCAAGUCAGAAACUCGAUUACAAAGAUAGAGCAGCUGUUAUAGCUAAACAAUUAAAUGACUUCUUGUACCUGUACAACAGAGAAACGGAUAUGUAUGUCGAUAAAACUGAAAAAACUGGUCAAAUACCAAAGAAAAUUUAUAAUGAGUUUCUAGAAAACGCUAGAGAAUGUGACCUGGAGGAGUUGUUGAUUUACCAGACCACGCAAAAUGUGCCAAGCUAUGCUACAAAUUCAAGCUUUCCAGGUUUGUUAAAGUGUAUUCCAGCAAUACCAAAGCAUUACGGCCUCAAACCCCCUACUAAAAUAAAUAAAGCAAGAGCAAACAUUAAAGGUCCUGCACAAGUUGAAGUCCCCCACUAA